AUGAAUGAAGCAUCGAGUAAAACUCCAGUAAAGCGAAUGCUCGUGUACAAGUGGCACAAGCGGUUCAGUGAGGGGCGGGACAGCAUUUGUGACGACGUGAGGUCUGGGCGACCGGUUUCACAAACUACGGAGAGUGACGUCGAGGCCGCGAAAAACAUCGUUGACGCUGAUCGUCGAGUCACUCUUCAUGAAAUAUGCAAGAUGUUGGACAUGAGUUAUGGGUCGGUACGGAGGAUAAUGAAAGACAGUUUGAAAAUGAGUCGAGUGAGUCCGCGUUGGGUUCCACGGCUGCUGACAGAAGAUGAGAUGAGCAAAAGAGUACGGGAAUCACGCCGAUUCUUAACUCGGUACGAACAGGAAGGAAACCGUUUUUUUGAGAAGAUAGUCACUUGCGAUGAAACCUGGCGGUUUUUUUACGACCCUGAGACAAAACAGCAAAGCAGUCAAUGGAAGACUACCGGUUGCCCGCCUCCGAAGAAGGCACAAUCACCCCGCUCGAUAGGAAAGCAUAUGUUCAUUGUCUUCUGUGAUGUGCAAGGUUUUGGGCGUGACUUGUACAGGGCGAUGGCAUUAAAGAGAUCACAGGCGUUGCAUGAUGGGUGGAUUCUUCACCAGGAUAAUGCACCAGCGCAUAGAUCGGAGGAGGCCGAGACUACCGCGACAAUCCAGCUUGAAGCGGAGAUCCUUCCCCCUCCUUAUUUGGCGGACCUAGCACCAUGCGAUUUUACCCUAUUUCCGAAACUUAAAUGUGAACUGAAAGGUAAACGCUUCAAUGACUUUCAGGAACUACAGAGUGAAGCUCAGACACACAUGUAUUCUUACAAGUCAGAGUGGUUCAGUUACAUUUACCGGCAGUGGGUAGCGAGACAUCGACGUUGUAUUGCGGCGAACGGCUCUAACUUUGAGAAGUUAUGA